AUGCAAAAGUCCAUGGACAAGAUGGUGAGCAAGAUCAAAAGUUUGGAGAAGAAGGUUUCUGGUUCUUCAAGCAAGAAGAAGUCCAAGGCCCCACUUUCCCUAGGAGUAGAUCACUCCUCACCACUCCAAGGAGGCUCCCUGCCCAAGAGCCUCACAGAGCCUCUUCUUUCGAGCCAAGGGAAGGAGAAGACAACACGCAGAGAAGGAGGAAGACUUCCAAGGCCAGACGCUCCAGCUCGACCACCGGACUCGAUCGAGUCCAAACAGAGGAAACUCAACUCGAUCGAGCUGACGGUCGAGCUGACCUGGAGGAGCCCCAGUUUGAGAAUCCGGGAUUUGAGUACGAUCCCAGCCUUACCAGGAGCCUCCCCGGAGUAG